AUGAUAAAAAAAAAUAAUGAAUUUGAUUCUUUGGAAAAUUUUGAUCUAUUAUUUUUGAAGAAUUCGGAUAAAAAUAAUGAUUAUUAUAAUAAUGACAUUAUUAGAGGAAAAAUAGAAUUUGCUCAAUUUUUAGAGAGAGAUGAUAAUCAAGAUGAAUCUGAUAAUAGUGUUGCUCCUUGUAUACUUAAACCUAUUCAGAUAGGAGUCACUUUAUUGGAUAGGAGAGCAAAAAUUUUACCUAAUGAAACUUAUUUAAUCCCACAAAACGAUUCAUCAAUGCAACCCACAAAACGAACAUUUCCAUUAACUAAAAAGUACGAACAUUUUAUAAAUAGAAAUCAAAUCAAUAAUAAAAUAUUAAUGAAACAACGAGGCGAACCAACAUCUGUAGUUCCACAAGUUAUUUUAUUUACAUUGUUGAAUAAUGGAGAUCCUGGAAUUAAGGAACUAUUUAUGGUAGAUCAUAAUUUAUUCAAAAAUACCAAAGUAGGCGUGACUUUGCUUCGUAAAGAUGGUAUGUUACAUUUAGAAUCCUUGGUUUCAACGAUUAAUCACGUUUCCAUUACUUCGGGUAUGUAG